AUGGAAUGCCAAGGAAGACAGUAUUGGAUAACGAUAGAAGAAGAAGUGAGUGGGGAUCCCCCGGAGGAGAUUUUUGCUGAUACGGUAGCUGACUUUCAAGCGGUUGGGGAGGAUCAAUUACUGGAGGAUUACGAAUUGACCAAAGAUGAAAGCAUUUCUGGCUCUAGGUCUUGGGUGAAUGCAGCUGAGGAGACGAAUUUCCAAGAACUAGCUAAAGAAAAGUGGUCCAAUUUUCAGGAAUCUUUUGCUUCUCAGGGAGGUGCUCGGCUCAAAUUUGAGGAACCCUUGUGCCGAGAUGGGAAGUUGAUAGCUCAAGUUGAUGUGGAGGACAUAGAAGUGGAAGCUUCAUUUUGGAAAUCAGCUAUGGCAUGUGUUGUUUUAGGAGCAAAUCCUCCAUUUUCUGUUUUUGAAGGGUUUAUUAAACGUUUAUGGGGAAAAUUGGGUAUAGAGAGAAUUUCUCGUAUGAAUGUGGGUCAUACUAUAGUCAAAUUCCGAGAUGUAGCAACUCGAGAUAUGGUGUUGGAAUCUUGUGUGGUUCAUUUUGACAGAAAACCUAUUUUGCUGAGGCCUUGGUCGACAGAUUUUGAUAAAAUGAGAUUGGUGAAAUCAGUUUCGGUCUGGAUAAGACUACCAGAUUUGGGUCUUCAAUAUUGGGAUCUUAAAAGCCUGAGUGCUCUUGUUAGCACUAUAGGUAAGCCUAUGAUGAUUGAUAAGGUUACAAAGGAUAGGUCAAUGAUGAAGUUUGCUAGAGUUCUUGUGGAUGUAGAGAUAUCAGAUGAUACUCAGUUUAUCAAUUUUAUCAAUGAACGAGGUCAAUUAAUUGAACAGGUUAUAGAGUUUGAGUGGCUUCCUAACCAUUGUUCGAAUUGUAAAAGUUUAGGCCAUACUUUUGCUAGUUGCAAGCAUGUUCAGGAGGCUGUUUGGAGGCCAAAAAAGAAGGAUUCUGGUUUGGAAAAUGGGGGUUCCUCUGAUAUGUCAGUGCCUAGUUUUGAGGCGAGAUCCAAGGAUCAUCAUAAUCAGGCGGCUGGAAAGGGUGAACAGAUGGAUAUAAUGGAAAAACAAACAGAAACAGUAAAGGAUGCUAGUUGUGCUUUUCUUGAGACUAAAUUGAAAGGCAAUAAGAUUGAGGAGAUGAUGAGGACUGUUUUCUUGGGAUGGAAUUGGUAUAGUAGCCUGAUUGUGGAGGGUAGGAUUUUGUUAGUUUGGAAGAAGGAUAUAGUUUCUCUAAAUGUAAUUCAGGCAAUUGACCAAUUAGUUAAUUGUGAGGUGAAGAUCAAGGGAGUUUCUCAAAAAAAUUACAUGACUUUUGCGUAUGGUAGGAAUUCAUUGGAGGAGAGGAAAGGUCUUUGGACUCAAUUAGCCUUACUUGAGUAUUCUUUUCUUCACUGGUUGGUAGUAGGGGACUUCAAUGCAGUCUUUGAAUAUGAUGAUCGUAUUGGUGGUAGGCCAGUUACUGAGUUGGAAGUGGAAGAUAGUCAUCUUUGGAGGGCAUAUGCUAUGAUGUCGGAAUUACGUUUGAAUGGUUCUCAUUAUACCUGGUCAAAUAAGCAAAUGGAAGGAACCAGAAUUUUCUCAAAAUUGGACAGAAUUUUUAUAAAUGAACUGUGGAUAGAUGCACUUCCUUAUUCUGAAGCUCGUAUUAACUGGGAUGUUAUUUUCGAUCAUUGUUUUUUCCUUAUCAAAAUAGUUCCAGUUCAGCUUUCAGGGCAGAUUAUUCAUAAGUUAAAGAGGCUAGAACCUAUUUUACUUCAGUUUAAUAAACUGCAAGUUGGAGAUGUUGCUCAACAAUUUUCUAUUGCAGAACUUAAUUAUGAGCAGACCCAGCUCUUGUUACAGCAGAAUCCCUCUUCACCUUCUCUUCAGCAGGAUGAGAAAGAGGUGUAUUUAGAUUUUGGCUGUAAGUCCAGAAUGUAUGAGAGCUUUCUUCGACAAAAGAGCAAAAUUAAUUGGCUUCGAUUUGGUGAUGAUAAUACUGCUUAUUUUCAUGCUAGUCUUAAGCAGAGGAGAAUUGGCAACCGAAUCACUUCUUAUAUGAAUGAUGAGGGUCAGAUUAUUGAUAAUUAUGCUGAGGUUGUUGAGCAUUUCUAUAAUCAUUUCAAAGGCUUUCUUGGCAAAUCUAGUACAGCAGUUAGUCGAGUAAAUCAGGAUUGUUUCCGGCAAGGGCCAGUUUUGACUUUGGAGCAACAACUAGAUUUAAUUUAG